UAUCAUUUCCUCUUCCCCCCACCCCCCAAUCUCAAUGUAUUCGCCUCAAACAUACUCCAUUAUAACCUUUUAGUUUCUGAUUUCAUCUCUUGCUAGAGUUCCCCCUCAAUUUUCCAUCCUCUGCAACAUUUUUCUUUGCUCUUUCAAAGAUGGCUGAACAAAUUCCUUUCACCAUUGCUGAGAACCUUUUGAUGAAGCUGGGAUCUACCGCUUUCCAAGAAAUUGGAUUGAUGUAUGGUAUCAGAAAAGAGCUAAGCAAGCUUGAGGAUACGCUGUCUACCAUCAAAGCUGUGCUUCUUGAUGCUGGGGAGCCGCAGGAGAGGAAUCGUGCAGUAUCAACUUGGGUACGGAGGCUUAAAGAAGUUGUCAACGAUGCUGAUCAGUUGUUGGAUGACUUCGCAGCCGAAGACUUGCGGAGAAAGACCCAUACGCAGGGGAGAUUUGUAGGACAAGUGAGUGACUUCUUCUCCUCUUCUAAUCAUAUUGCUUUUCGAGUCAAGACGGGUCAUAGAAUGAAGGAUAUUAGAGAGAGGCUAGAUGAGAUUGCAAAAGAUAUUUCCAUGUUCAAGUUUGUUCCAAGAGUGGUGCAGGUAGAGAAUAGGAAGAAAUCAGAAACCCACUCUUUUGUCCUGGCAUCUGAAAUUGUGGGAAGAGAGAAAGACAAAGAGAAGAUGAUAGGAUUGUUGAUGCAAGAACAUCUUUCAAUGGUUGCAAUUGUUGGUAUUGGGGGCCUAGGCAAGACCACCCUUGCUCAAUUGGUAUACAAUGAUCAUGAGAAGGUGGGGAAACAUUUUGAUAUUAAGAUGUGGGUGUGUGUUUCCAAUGGUUUUGAGGUAAAAGCAGUGGUUAAGAACAUUGUAAAAGCUACAACUAAUACAAAUGUGAACAACUUAGAGUUGGAUCAAUUGCAGAAGCUCCUUCGUAAAAGUCUAGAAGGGAAGAGGUAUUUGCUUGUGCUAGAUGACGUAUCGAACGAGGAUCCAGGGAAAUGGGAUCAAUUGAGGCUUUUGUUGACUAUUGGUGCCCAUGGGAGUAAAAUCUUAGUGACGACCCGAAGCGCUAGAGUUGCUUCAGUCAUGGGAAUUAAUUCUCCAUACAAUUUGGAACCUUUGGGAGAGGAGUCGUCUUGGGAUUUGUUUCGAAGUCUUGCAUUCAAAGGAGGGGAAGAGAAAGCGCGCCCCAAUCUUGUGAAAAUAGGAAAAGAAAUUGUAAAGUCGUGUAACGGAGUUCCUCAAGUCAUUAGGCACGUAGCUCGGAUGCUGCACUGUAAAACCGAGGAGAGUCAAUGGUUGUAUGUGAAAAAUAGUAAAAAUGUCAUGUCUAUGGAUGCUUGAUUUCGUUUCAUUAAGCAUGAUGAAUGCUUGCUUGUGCUGCUUGUAUUUUUUA